UACCUAUGGUCUACUAUAGUCUCAUAGGGUAAAAAUAACUUUUAUGCUCAUUUCUUUCAAAUUAAACUCUGUAUCCUUAAUAAGAACCACUGUUUUCGACAUUUAUUCAUCCUUUCUGGAGUAUUAAAACAAUAUUAUUACUUGUGGGAAGUCUUAUGUUGGAAUAAGAGUGCAUCUUUGAGAGUUCCCUGUACUUUUAUAAAUCACCCCUUCAGAGGCCGUAAAAAUUAAAUAUGCAAGUAGCUUUCCUAACGUAUUUGUCAAAUUACAGAUCACAGUGUCUUCUGACUGUCCUCGUGGUUUCCGUCUUUGCAGCGCCAACCAAGAGGUUCCUGUUUCAGAGUCAGUCCUUCUUGGAGCUACACCAGUGUCCGCCAGACUGCCGCAGGUUCCUGUCUGAAGCUGAGUUCCGUCAACUGCUGGUCAUGUCCACCAUCAAACCAGAGCUUUGUGAAUCUCAUUGCUCAAACAUCAUGGCAGCAAACACUAGCCCGAUUCUCAUCCGCACAGUGUGUCCGUCUGUCUGUAAAACAGUUGAACGAAUGAUAUAUACAGAAACGAAUGGCGCAAGUCUCAAUAAAAAUUGAAAAGACACAUUGUGAGCUUGCAGCAUCUCAAUAAGAAUUAACCCGGACCGUUUAUUAAAACGAGUGAUUUGUGAUGUAUUGCUAAAAAUGGUUUAUAUACUAUUCACAUGAGAUCACAUUCAAUAUCAUAUUCAUUUGAACAUUUAUCACAUAUUCUCAUUGUCAUCAACUGCUUUAUAAUAUCCGUCUUUGUAUGACACAGCCAGGUAUAGGUCACGAGAAAUAGGCCACAAAUUGUUACAUUCAAGUACAUUACUUUUAAUUCAUAAUUCCAAACAAAGUACAGAUUAAACUCAAAUACUCGAUGUUUGAACUACAAGCCAGUUGAUGUAUUAACACCAGUUUCACCGCAAUUAACAGGAGAGUAAAACGUACAAGCCGAUUAACAUAUAAACAUACGUUCAAUUACAUGGACCAUUGGCAGGAGAGUCAAACGCAUGCCAAAAUAAUUAUCUUAAUGUCCAUGACUUAUAUGAUGCUAGAACACGUCAUCGAAUCAGGUGUAAAGAAACGUUAAUUAAUAAUUUUCAAAUGAACUGCAUUGUUAAGAACAAUUUUGUUAAUUGUAUUCAUCUAGAUAUCUUGUUUUUCUGUAAUAUAAUGACAGACAGAAAGACAGAUGGACAUAAUGACAAAGCUGUGAAUAUGGUGGUCUGUAUCUACCUGUGGAAACCCAUCUUAGUAAAAAGAAUAUUCUCUUUUCUGAUAUGAAUAAAAACCUUUUUUGAAGAAAAAAGGGGGUUUCUGUGUUUUCUGUAUAAAUAACU